UAGAUUUAUUCAUAUAUAUUUUGAUGGACAUAAAAAUAAUCUAUUUCUUCCAUAAAUCGGCUACCGUCAUUAUAUUAAUGAAAAACUAAAAUUUAAAUGCGACGACCGUAAAUUGAAUUGGGCAUAAAGUUCUGGUAAAGUAAUGUUUUAUUUUUGCACAUUAUAAAGUUAAAAAAACAUAAAUUAAUCAUCAAAUCAUAACCCUUUUUAGAACGGUUAAGAAAUAAGUUGUUUUUUGCGCGGGAAUGUGUCACAGCUGCCUUUUAAAAUAUUUUAUUAAUUGAAAAUGGCUAACAUGCUAGGACAUUUAGUGGUUGAUGGAAUCGAUGUAACAGAAUUUAAAUUAGUCCGAUCAUCUAAGGAUAUUGAAAAUAAUGAAACAAGUUUUGGACCAGAAAUGUGUCACCAGGUGUUUGGGGAAAAUGAAAAUAUUUUUGGAUAUACUGACCUAAAAAUUAAACUAUACUAUAGUGCGGGGAGCCUGCAAACUUAUCUAGGAAUCUCUUAUUCUGACAAGAUUGAUCCAAAGAAAUUAGCAGGGCUAAAAGCAGAUGAUAUUGAAGGUGAAAUAAGGAAGGUGCUGGCACCAGGUUAUUUUACAAAUUUAGAUGAGUUUGUGUCUGCCUUAGAAACUGAUAAAUCUUUUACUCCUCAUGGAAAACUCCUACAUUCUUUUGCCUUAGAAUCUUAUGAUGGUGGAGAGAAACGCACUUUUGAAGUAUACUACUCUGAAACAACAACACCUGGAUUUCUUGAUUAUCACAAAAGAUUACAAACUUUCCUCUUGUGGUAUGUUGAUGCCGCUUCAUUCAUUGAUGUGGAUGAUGACCAAUGGACCUUUUUUACUGUGUUUGAAAAGUACUUAUCAAGUGAAGGUGACAUUCAGUAUGCCACAGCCGCAUAUGCUACAGUGUAUAGAUACUAUGCCUAUCCAUGUCAUCUGCGCCCACGCAUCUCGCAGGUUCUCACUUUGCCACCUUUUAGAAAACUUGGAUUGUGUGCUGAAUUAGUGCAGGCAGUAUAUUCUCAUUUCAUAAUAAUGCCGGAGGUUUUAGAUAUUACAGUUGAAGAUCCAUCUGAUGAUUUCCAAAGGAUCAGGGAUUAUGUAGAUGCAAAAAACUGUGAGAAACUACCUGCAUUUGAACCAGAAAAACUUUAUGAAGGAUUCUCACAGGAAAUGGUGGAUCAAGCACGUAGUAAAUACAAGAUAAACAAAAAACAAGCUCGCAGAAUUUAUGAAAUACUUAGACUAAAGAGCACCAAUACAUCUGAUAAGACUUCAUACCUAAAGUAUAGAUUAGAUGUAAAGAACCGUCUCAAUGCACCGUUUCAGAAAAAGAAAUUAGAAAUGAAGAAACUUGAAAAAGUCCUAAAGCCAGAUGAAUAUGCAGCUACGAUUAGCAGUGUAGGUGUAAACGAGACACAGAAUCGUCUUUCUGGACAAUACCUAGCGAUAGAAGAGGAGUACCGACGUGUCAUCCACCGCCUGCAGCAUUAUUGAUAAGUGUUAAUCAGCAUAGCUGAUAACUGUUAAUCAGCAUAGCUGAUAACUGUUAAUCAGCAUAGCUGAUAACUGUCAUGAAACGUGAAUGUGAGAAAAUAAUUAAAAUUCUUGUGAGAUAGGUUUUUAAUCUAUCCAAUCAAUUACUGCUGAAAGAUAUCUUAAUUGAUGUUAAGGGUGCAUUUCAGUGUUACUCAUAAAUUAUUUUAUUUCUCAUUGUAAAGCUGAUAGUAUUAUUUUCAAUUAAUACUACAGAUUCAACUUUAUAAUUUGUCUUAUCGAAUAAUAAAUUUUGUGUGAUUAACUUUUCUUUUUUUUUAAGAAUAUUAUUAAUUUUUGAACGGAACAGUAAAUGUAUGAGAUUUUGUCUUUGGUAGCAUUAGGUGAGAAACCUAAAGAAAUGCUGGCAAAACUAGGCACUAGUGAGUAAACAUUUGAUACGCUCAAAUUUCAAGAAAAAGGCUGAGUUUUUUGGAAGUAUUUUUGAUAAAUAAAACACAUAUUCUUGUA